UUCAGGAUCGCAAGCGAAAGAAAGGCGAACGACGAUGUGGACCUUGUUGCUCACUUCAGAGCUGAAGAACUUAUGGCGGUCAAAGCUUAGUAAAAUUGUGUGUCGUCCUCAUAAAACAAGCAUAGGUAGUGACAGUGAUGGCACAAGAGGUAUCGUCUGUAGGUAUAGCUGUGACACAAAGAAACCUAGACAUUUGUCGUCAUCGACACUAACAAAUACGUUGGAUUUGUCAAAUUCUUUAUUUCAUCGGAAGCACGGAGGGAUAUUAGUUCGUGAUCGGAAGCUUGCCAGUACAAAAGUCGUCUCCCAAAAUGAUGGAGACGUCUUUUCCAGAAGAAAGACUUCCUGGCGAUCAUACGUACAUAGUCAUUUUGAACGCACUCACACUGAUACAGCAGGAUGCGAGAAAAAUAAAGCAGUAUCUAACCUGAGUAUUUUUCUCAUGACUGUUUUUGGAGUAGUUUUAUUUCAUGUCGCAAAGCGGACCAAAGAAUCAUUUUGUGAAGAAGAUGUAAGAGAGGAAGGCAAAGAAAUAGACGGAGAAAUAAAGAACUAUCAAAAUGGCUUGAAGAUAGCUAGCAGUACUAAUUCCAGUGCAAGCAGGUAUGACCAAAGGCAACACAUUUCCUUGGAGGAAGCUAUUAAGCAGGCAAAAGAUCUUUGUCAAAGAGUAAAGGAUGAAUCCGGAUCACCAGGACUAGUAAUGGCUGUCAGCGUUAAUGGAAAAAUUGUGAUGUCUGAUGGUUUUGGAUUUGCUGAUGUAGAGAAUCGAGUACCAUGCACACCUGACUCAGUAAUGCGUAUUGCUAGUAUUAGCAAAUCCCUGACCAUGACAGCUGUUGCUAAGGCAGUGGAGAAUAAUAUACUUGAUCUGGACAAACCUGUACAAGAAUAUGUGCCCCAAUUUCCAGAGAAAGAAGUUAAUGGAGAAAAGGUCACUGUCACAACACGACAGCUGGUGUCCCAUCUUGGGGGUAUUCGCCAUUAUGACAAAAAGUACAUGCAAAAAGAUGGAACAAAAAAUUUAGAAGGAAAGACUUUGAAAAAUGAUAAUGAAGGGCCUUAUCCUGAAGUCACAGAAAAAUCAAAGGUCAGCCGUGCUAAUCCAUUCAAGAACUUGAAACUGACCAAGGAGUUUGAGCAGAAAGAGUAUUUUAUCAGGAAACACUAUGCAUCUGUUGAGAAAUCUCUGGAUAUUUUUAAAAAUGAUCCACUUGUUCACAAGCCAGGCACUAAGUUUUUGUAUACAACACAUGGAUGGACAUUAGUAGCAGCAGUACUAGAAGGGGCAACAAAGCAGAAAUUUCCAGAUUUGAUGAUCAAACUGUUCAAAGACCUUGGACUAGAAAAUACCUACUUAGAGAAAAAUCAGCCUAUUAUCUACAAUAGAGCCAGGUUCUAUGCUCGAAGCAAGAAAAACCAGCUGGUGAAUGCUCCAUAUGUGGAAUGCUCUCACAAGUAUGCCGGCGGUGGUAUGAUGUCAACAGCACCAGAUCUUGUCCGCUUUGGAAAUGCCAUGCUCUACAGCUAUCAGCUUCCAGACACAAUUAAUCUUGAGCAGAAUAGAGAAACAGAGAGAAGCGGAGAUGCUGAUAACAUUGGUGAGUCUACAUCAGAUCGUAGACUGCCAGGAUACCUCAAGAAAUCCACCAUGCAGCAGAUAUGGUCACCUGUUUCCCUUGCUAAAUAUAAAGUGGUUGAUGAUGGAUUCUAUGCUAUGGGUUGGGCUGUUGUGCCCGAGCAACAAGAAGUAGGCAGUGGUCGAAAGGGGCACUUUUAUGUAUCCCAUACAGGAGGUGCAGUUGGAGCGUCCAGUGUUCUGCUAAUCAUACCCUCUACAAAAAAUGCUGAACUUGGAGAAAUCAGCUGCACUCCCCCACAAGGUGUGGUGGUAGCAAUGAUAGUCAACAUGAUUUCAGUUAGCCUCCUGGGGACUGCUUUGAAAAUUGCCAAGCUAUUUGAAGAAGUUUCUGUUUGAUGGAAAUUCACACCUUUAAUCCUAUUAAUUGCAUUAUUAUUUUUUUUAUUUUUAUUAAGGACUGUAUUUUUAAACAGGUUGCUGUGAUAAAGACUUCUAUCCAGUUUUGAGAAAGCCAUCAUUCUUAUAUGUACUGGUCAGUCUCAGUUCACAUGCACUCAGAACGGAUUGUACUUUAUAUGUGCAAUUCCUUGUUUUACAUCCGGAAACAACUUAUUUGCAAGUGAUACUUGGCAUUAAAUAACUUGCAAAUCAAAUAUGACAGAUUAGAGAUAAAUGUAAAAAUCUCUUAAAGGGCUGGUUCAUGCAAGGAAGAAGAAUGCUGAGGGAACACAUGCAGAUUAACAGGUAAAAAUUUUGUAAAGAAAAUAAAUUAGUUCUAAAUCGAGAAUAAAUGGGUGAGAAAAAUAAGCAGUUCAAAAUGUCCUUAACUUUUCUGUGCUGUUGGGUUUGAGAAUAAUUAAACUAGGGAUUGCAUAGGGCUGGUAAAAACAAAACCAAUCAGAAUGCAUUAAACAGUUCUUACCCAAGUCUUUUAAUGAUAUAACUUGAUGAAAGUAUAUUGUGGCAUCUGUUGUUUUGGCUUUGUUACUGAUGAUGUAUAUCAAACAAAAUUGUUUAUGAAUACCCAGGGCUUUUAGAGGGCAGUCUGGUGGUGCAAAGGUUAGCGCCUGUCACUAAUACAUUGAGGGUUGGCUGUCCUGGUUCAGUUCUUGCCUUAGGCUUACUAUUCUUUCUUUUGCAUGUGGUGUAUUUUACAGGGCUGGCUGUCUUGCUAUGAUAUAGCCUUAGUUGCUGGCUUGGCAUAAAACAUCAAUUUCUCUGUUCCCCUCCCACAGGGCUUUCAGUGUGUAUUUUGUAUAAAUGGAACAAACGCUCACUCACAUGUGGGAAAGAAAAUGUAUGGUUUGUUUCAAACACCAGAUACACCUAAGUUUGAUUUUGAUUCUUUUUAUUUUAUUGAUUUUCUGGGUAUGCAGAUUUAGUUAAAUAAGUUUGAUGUUUGUGACAUAUUGCAGG